AUGGCGGGGCUCGGCCGGCGCGUGCCCGGGGCGGUGCUGCUGGGCCUGGCCGCGGUGCUGCUGAGCGCGCGCCUGGUCCCCGCGGCCGCCCGCGCCGAGCUCGGCCGCUCCGACCUCAGCCUCAUCCAGCAGCAGCGGCAGCGGCAGCGGCAGCGGGAGGAGGCCGCGCGGGACCGGCCGGGGCCCCCGGCGCCCUCGCCCACCGCGCCCGCCGCAGUGUCUGUCUUUAUGCUGAAAGUGCAGGUGAAUGACAUCAUCAGCCGUCAGUACCUGAGUCAGGCGGUCGUAGAAGUGUUCGUGAACUACACGAAAACAAACUCCGCAGUAACUACGGACAAUGGAGCAGUGUUGAUAAAAGUACCCUACAAAUUAGGGCUCAGCUUAACCAUUAUCGCUCACAAAGAUGGCUACGUGUUGACUCCCCUGCCUUGGAAGACUGGAAAAAUGCCAAUAUAUUCGUCAGUGACUCUUUCACUGUUCCCGCAAAGCCAAGCAAAUAUAUGGCUGUUUGAAGACACCGUUUUAAUCACCGGAAAACUAGCUGAUGCCAAAUCUCAACCAAGUGUUCAGUUUUCAAAAGCCUUAAUUAAACUACCCAACAACCACCACAUUAACAACGUAACAGGCUAUCUCACAGUCCUACAACAGUUUUUGAAAGUGGACAAUUUCCUGUAUACAACUGGAAUUACCCUCAAUAAGUCAGGUUUUGAAAGCCUUGAAUUGACUCCUCUUGCUGCAGUAUGUGUGAAAAUAUAUUCCGGAGGAAAAGAAUUAAAGGUAGAUGGCUCUAUUCAAGUGUCUCUCCCGCUUCUACAUACAAAUGGCGUAAGUGCAGGGGAUCACGUACCUGCCUGGACGUUUGAUAUGGACAUAGGUGCUUGGGUGAAUCAUGGCCGGGGAACAGUCAAGGCAUAUAAUAAUCACUUAAUUUGGACGUAUGAUGCCCCACAUUUGGGUUAUUGGAUAGCAGCUCCACUUCCAGGAACUAGAGGUUCAGGUAUAAAUGGAGACUCAAGGGACAUAACUGCUUACCACACGGUGUUUCUCACAGCCAUAUUAGGAGGAACAAUCGUCAUUGUCAUUGGAUUCUUUGCUGUACUUCUUUGUUAUUGCAGGGAUAAGUGUGGUACUCCACAGAAAAGAGAAAGAAAUAUCACUAAACUCGAAGUACUCAAGAGAGACCAGACAACUUCAACAACACACAUAAAUCACAUCAGUUCGGUCAAAGUCGCGUUAAAAGCUGAGGACAAGUCACAGUUAUUUAAUGCCAAAAACAACUCCUAUAGCCCUCAGAAAAAGGAACCAUCGAAGGCAGAAGCGGAAGAAAGAGUUUCCACGGUAAAGACUCGGGACAAUUUUAAGAUCUACAAUGAGGAUGUUUCAUUUCUAUCCGCCAAUCCAAACAGUUACUCGAGGAGCCCAGCACAGUCUUUGGAGCCCAGCGUAGGGUCCAAACAGCCAAGACAUAUUAACAGCAAUCUGGCUUCAUCUCUAGGUGAGGCUCAAGAGGAAAAGCGGUAUCUCACAGGUAAGGAAGAGGGAUAUGGACAUUCCCACAUCCCCGAACAGCUUAUGCAUAUCUACAGCCAACCCAUUGCCAUCCUUCAAACGUCGGACCUUUUCGCCACUCCCGAGCAGUUACCUACGGCCAAGUCAGCCACUUUGCCACGAAAGGGACAGCUGGUCUAUGGCCAGUUGAUGGAACCGGUCAGUAGGGAGAGUUUCACACAGACGUUACCCAAAAUGCCGGUGCAUUCUCAUGCACAGCCCCCAGACGCCAGGGAAGAAAAUAUCCCCCUGGAAGGCCAGCAGAGCUUGCCAUCCCAGACUUCCGACUGGAGCCGGUAUUCCAGCAGCUUACUCGAAUCUGUUUCUGUUCCUGGAACGCUGAACGAGGCUGUUGUGAUGACUCCCUUCUCAUCAGAGCUGCAGGGGAUCUCGGAGCAGACCCUCCUGGAGCUGUCCAGGGGAAAGCCGUCCCCGCAUCCCAGAGCGUGGUUUGUGUCUCUCGAUGGAAAACCGGUCGCACAAGUGAGACAUUCCUUUAUAGACCUGAAAAAGGGCAAGAGAGCCCAGAGCAACGACACGAGUUUGGACUCUGGGGUGGACAUGAAUGAGCACCACUCAAGCAGAAAGCUCGAGAGGGAGAAGACUUUCAUCAAGAGCAUGCAUCAGCCUAAGAUCCUUUACUUAGAAGAUUUAGACCUGAGCAGUAGUGAGAGUGGGACUACCGUGUGUUCCCCCGAGGACCCAGCGUUAAGGCACAUCCUCGAUGCAGGGAGUGGAGCCAUCCUGGAACACCCCGGGGAGGAGUCUCCGGGAAGGAGAAGCACCGUCGAAGACCUUGAGGCCAGUAUAUCUCCCACCAGAAGAAGGGGCAGACCAGCACUAGCCAAAAGAGACAGCAAGACUAACAUCUGGAAGAGGCGAGAGGAACGCCCCCUGAUUCCCAUAAAUUAGCCCGUCGCGAGGGUGGCCGUGUCCCUGCCGCCUCGCUUGGUCUCGCUUCCUGCACAUUGCUGGGUGAGCCUCCGAGGACGUGGAGGCUGAGCCAUCCCGUGGGCCCUGGACACGUCUCAAGGGGAGUAAAUACUAAACUGGCAGUUCACUGAUGACAGACGGAGAUACCAAGGGAUGCUUUUUCUGGCCUGUUUGUUUAUUUUUGCGGGGUGAAUUGGAAGGAUCCAGGAGUUCAAAAUGUAAAAUAGUUUCAAGACGUUAGUUCUCUGAAGAUGUUGCUUACGUAGCCAACGUAGCCCUCUCUUAAGAAUAACCGUGAAGCGUGUACUCCCAAGGUGGCCUCUGCCUCGAUGCUGCCCCCGCGGACCCUUCGGGACCGCAGCUGCGCUCCGGGCAGCGUCGCCGUAAAACACUGCCCCGUGUGCUCCUCUGCCUGCAGGUGGAAGUAACCACACGUGUUUUGAAUUGAUGUUGCCCUAGAAUGUAAAGGCCAACCACGAUUCCCUCCUUUGUGUGAACAGCAUGUGUGUCACCCCCCAAACGAAUCUUAACUCCUGCAAGAUGGGCAAGAAGCAACUCGGUUGUCAGAGAGGGAAAUACCAGCUCUUUGGUUGUUUGGGAUAUGACUUCACAGAAUAAAUGAUAAGGGGUUAACUUGUUACAUAUAAGUCAUCCUGAAUUUUCUUUUUUUCCCUGCUUCUAUAGUGAAAUGAGCUUAGCCGUCAAGGAAAACUUUUAUCAAUCUGAAAAAAACAAAAAACAAAAAAACAAUCAAACACCGUAUCUUGAAUUUUGAAUUUAACAGUCACUGGUACAUGUAGGCUAAAAUUAGCUUUAAGAUAUUUUUUUCUAUUCCUCCCCCCACCCCCAGUUCACUUGUUUAAAGACUUUUAAACUUCAUUUAAAAGUUAAUACUUUUGUGUUCAUUAAGACCUUUCAGUUUAUUAACAAAAUAUGUGAAACUAAAGGAAAUAAACAUUUAUUAUUUUUUUUAAUGUCGACAAGCAGGAAAAGAAAUUCUAUUUCCCUGAGACUCAAAAACACCUUCAGAAUAUUAGGUAUGUAUCCAGAUGUUUUUCUCUUGACGUUCAUAAAAGAUGUUUUAGAAAAUGUUUCAGUUUAAUGGAGAAGUAAAAGUCUUUUUUAAGGAUGCCCGGGUGGCUCAGCAGUUGAGCAUCUGCCUUCGGCCCAGGGCGUGAUCCUGGAGUCCCAGGAUCGAGUCCCGCGUCGGGCUCCCGGCAUGGAGCCUGCUUCUCCCUCUGCCUGUGUCUCUGCCUCUCUCUCUCUCUCUCUCUCUCUCUCUCUCUCUCUCUCCCUCCCCCGCUGCAUCUCUCAUGAAUAAAUAAAUAAAAUCUUUAAAAAAAGUCUUUUUAAAAUCACUUUUAGCAUUUGCAAAUUUCUUUCUAGUUUUAGAAGUAAUAUAUUCAUGUCCUUUUCAUCGUAGCAAAGGAUUCAGAAUGAAUACACACUCAACAGCUGUUUUUAAUUAUAAUUGUCUUCAACUCUGAGUCAUCAUUCAUACGUCCUAAAAAUAAAGCUCUUUGUUAAUUAAAAUCAACUCAUCCCAUUUUUCUUAAAAUGUCCAUGAAGGCAAAUAUCUGAAGCAGCUUCCCCUUUCCUUGGGAGGAAAAGUAAAACUAAAUGACUUUCUUUCUCAUCUUCUUCUAUUCAACAUGGGAACCCGUGUUCGUUCAACAUAGACAACCAAGGCGCAUCAACAAGUUGAGAGAAUCAACGUCGGUCCUAUUAGCAUUAGUCAAAUUACACCUGGAUAGUCCAUGAAAGACAACAGCUUCCCCCCCCCCCCAGGAUAGUAGACUUCAGCCAGUUUUUUCCUAGAAUUACUUCAGUUUUUCCUAUAACACCAAAUCUGUCAGAUCAUACUCCUUUCUGUAUUAACCCAAAGAACCUAAAAACCUAGGUAAAAGUUUGCCAUAUUUUACCCGAUCCGUAGAAGAGAGAAAUAUUUGGGGUAAUACCUAGGUUUAGUUUUUUGAGGAGGAGGUUUCUUAUUUGUGUACAGAAAGAGGCAUUAAAAGAGGCAUACACGACGAUGACUUGGAAAAGGUUAUGGAGUUAGUGCUCUGCUGAAGUGCCUUUGAUACAGACUUGCUUUAUCGGAAGGAUAUGAUUGCAUCUUUCUUUAAUGUGCGUUUUCUUUCUGUUGGCCAAAUUAAGCGGAUGUGCAGUUUUUGUUCAUUAAAAAAUACAGACCUCGCAUUUCAUGUUGGAACAAUGAAUUUUGCAUGCAGGUAACGCUUGUGGGUUGCUUUUUUUUUUUUGGAUCCAGUUUAUAUUGAUGAAUUAUGGUGGAAUGAAGCUAGAAACUAUAGAGUAAAAUGUUGUACUUCGAUAUAUUAAGUUUAUAUUUUCCUUUAAAUAAAACUGUUCCACCUUUUAGCUCGGUAAUGGAAUACACACGAUAGAAGGGUAUACCGUUCAACUAUGCCACGUACUCAUUCUCCUAUAAAGGAAACGAGAAGAUGUAUCCCCAGGGUCUUUGCUAGAAAUUUUUUUGGUUUCAGGAUAAAAUCUUACUUUCUUUUAUACGCUGCACAUUCUGUUCUCAAUGGGGAAGUAUCGGCAAUUUACCUUUUCUAAUGAUCAAAAAUGUGUAACUUCUCGUUUGUGAGUAGUUCACAAAUUUCCUGUUAAAAAGCUGAAGCCAUCUACUUUUUCUUAACCCAAGUAAUAAUAAGCCUACGGUAUUCACAACUUUCUUAAAUUUUUAAAUGGAAAACCAACAGUUUUUUGCAAAUGUAACUCUUGGGAAUUUUGAUCACAAAUUGUUAACAUUUGUGGAUCCUUUGUAUAUACUUUGGAUAUAUCUUAAAAGCAAAAUUAUCCCUCAAUUAACUGAUGGAUUCGUUUACUAAAGCACAGCUAUAUGUAUUUUUGAAUACAUAUUAUGAUCUUGAGACUUUAUAAAAUCAAUUUUUAUGGCAUUUAUGCAGUUGAAUAGGGUUUACACCCUUUUAUAAUAUGCAGUAUACCACGAAGGUCACAAAUGUUGAGGAAUAAAAGCACUUCUUUGCUUUGGCAAUCAUUUUCAGAUCACUUUCAGUGUUUGGAUCCUCUGAUAUCAAUACAUACAGAAUUUUAGGAAUCCGUGGGUCAAAUACUGUCCCUCAAAACUUCCCACAAAGGUGAAGCUCAAAGUUCGUAUUCACUUGUAGGGAAUGAGUCCCGCGUUCACCCAUGUAUUGGCACCGAAAAGAAUUUGACCAUGCUGAUUUCCAUCUCAGACCCUAAGUUGACGUAUUGCCCUCUUGUUUUUAAGUAUUUCUAUCUUUUGUAUUUCAACAGAGGAAUCUCACAUUUCACUGUAUUUAUUGCCAUUAUUACUAUAUUCACUGCUGAAAACUGUAACAAUCUGAAGAUUUGUAAAAUGUUAAACAUAGUUCAUUAAAGAUAAUAAAUCUAAAAAUG